AUGACAAAUCCACCGUCUAGCCCGAUCGUAAAUCGGCAAAAUCCACCAAAUCCGCACGCGCACGUGGAUGAAAGUCUCCAUGUGCAUGGGCGCGUGCGCAAUCACCACCUUGCGAGCCGUCCCAUAUACCGCCAACCGAACCUUCUGACUGUGGCAGCGCUUUGCCUGCCAUUGUAUUCCGAAUCAGGUGAUCAGAAUACAACCCCUGCGCGUUUUGGUGACACCCAGGGCUUUUACCGCAACGGUUGUUGGUACAAUGGCCAAUUAAAUCGGGAGCCACCAUCGACUAAUAACCAGCAAUUGUAUCUAUUGGCCUAUCUGCCAUCAAACAUCAAUGUCCAGCCUGCUCAAAUCAUAUGGCACGUGGCUCCACCACCGCAACCGCAGCCGCGCUGUUGGUUGCCACCAACACCACCACGGCAACCGCCACCACCCCAGUUUGUGCUAAACGGUCUCCGUGAGCCGGUGAAUUAUAUAAUGGACGCGCAGCCUCAACGGCCUGUGUAUGCACAGAAUCCACAGGCACAGGCCAUGUACGCAAUGCAACCAGCUACCGUGCCACCGAUUCCACAAGUGCAGACACUUCCACAGCAAGCCCCGUCAUCGAAUCGACCGAUUCAAACUUUAGCUCCAAUGAUGGUGAGCCGUGGGGUUCAGGUACCCCCACGUCGUCGGCGACCAUCAUUUAGACACCCGUCUCAGCAAAAUCCAGCACCACCAACAAUAGAUCAUGCUCCAUCGCGGAUGCAUUUACCAGGCGCUGGAGGGCAAAACCUUCCAUCCCAGAGUCCCUCAAAACAUCGUCCAUCUUCACCUACGCGUUGUAAGGGGCAAUCCGAUCCUGCUCCAGUGCGAUCCGAUCCUGCUCCCAAUGUCCAGGAACCACACAGCAUUAAGGCCAUGGUGGAGCCCGAGGUGGCAGUAGCCGGAUCCGAAUUGAACGGUCCAAGUGGAACCAUUGACGCCCGACCAUUGACUUCUGAUCAUCCAGCCCAAGGUGUUACAGUUGUCGAGCGUAAGCAAUAUUCUUACGAGUCCGAUAUAUCAGUGGAGGAUCUAUUGAUCAAGGCGGUCCAAAAUCAUAUGCCGCAAAGCCAUUUAGUGCCAGCCGUAAUGGUAGCCCAACCAGACAAUGUUGUAGUUAAUGAUAAUACCAAUUGUACACCAAUGCCGGUUAAUCCACCACCAACUGGAGCUUCCAAUGUGGCUGUUGCCCAUGAAAAUGAUUCGAAUUCGACUCCAAACUCUGUCUUGGUGCAUUGUGCUAAUGCUGAUGAGGUUGAAAAGCCCCAGAUGGAGAUUGUUAAUAGCUCUGAUGUAAGCCAGCAGGUGGUUAUGCCAACGAAACAGCCAGAAUCUCCGAAACUAAAGCUAAGGAACAUGCAGCAGUCAAAGAUUCAAAGCGCUGAUGCAACACCGGAAGCGAAAACUGAGGAGGCACCCACCAUCACUGCCCAUCCGGAGCCAAUUGACCAGGCACAUGCCAUCAAUUCCUUGCCGGAGCAGGUACCAAAGCCAACGAACACCAGGCCAUCCCGUCCACCUGUGAAAGAAGCUAUGCUGGAUGCAAUCUGUGCGAACAUGAAAGCAUUACGAAUCUCGGCGUCGCCCAAAAGCAAUAUCCCAAGGAAGUCAAAGGUCAAUAUGAAUCAUUGGCCCCUAUUGGAGAGCAGCUUCCGAAAGAAAAAGGCUGCCAAAAAGGAUAAUGCUCAACUGAAAAGGAGGUUCCCGAAAUCAGCAACAGUAAUUUCAUUUAACUCGAACGAUAGGCCUCCAAAAAGCCAUACAGCUGCACAGGAGAAGCAACUAGCAGCAAAUCCCGAUCAGAAAUCAGGAUUAGUUAAUUCAUCGAACUCACAGGCUAAUAAUCAUAUGACGAGACAGAAAUCUGGUGGCCAAAAGACACCAAAUACCGAUUCAAAGCGUCGAUCAAUGGCCACAGAAAAACGCAAUUGUGAUCCACCAUCGAUGGACACAAUGAAACGGUCAUACGAUCAGGUUAUGGAACAAAAUCCUCAAAGGAACCUGGUGCUGCGCAACAAUUCGCCUCGGUCGCCAGCGGCUUCACAAUCCGUGCCCGUGGUGGGCAAAGAACGUAAUAUUCCUGGACCAUCGCAGAAAGCUAAGAAUGUGGUCAAUAAUAAUGUUUCGAAACCGCCAGUGGUUAAAAAACCCUUGGGUCCCAAUAAUGUGCAGCCAAGAAAGCCAUUGGGUGAAUUGAAAACUCUAGGAUCGAACAUGUUUGACCUUCUGGUAGAGCCGGAUAUGGAGGAUGACAACGACGAGAACACUUUCGAGCAAGAUAAGCCGGACGCCGACGAUGUUAGUCCACCAAAGCGUUCCAACUCGCAGAAGGAGAAGAGGCGCUUCAAGAAACAGAAGACGGCCCUUGAAAAGCAGAUCAAACUCACGAAACUGGCCCAAAAGGAGGCGAAGCGGGUCGAAAAAGCAAAGGAAAAGGCCAAGAACGCGAAUGCGGAAAACGCUUUGGCGGCUAUCCAAUCCAAUCCAACCCAAUCAGCUAACGAAUCAGUUUCGGGUGGCACACUUGGCAACUUCGCUCAGGAAACCGAAUUCGUUCAUCAACUGCCCGACGUGGUGGGAACUCCUCCGCCAUCUCAACCAAGAUCCCGUCCGUCGCCAAGUGUUGCCCGUUCGGAAGUGAAGUGCAAACAGCGUAAGAUGAAGAAGCCCACCAAGUUCAGCACAUUCCUAGCGGCUGUAACCAAUGCCACAUUGAAAAAAAAAACCAAAGCUGGAAUUAACAAAGAUUUACCAACCCAAACAUGUACAGUUCCCGGUGCAGUAGCUCCUUUGCGUUCCAACGCAUCAGAUGCUCUAAUAAGGCUGAAAAUUCCGAUUUCCAAGCCUGCUGCAGGAGUUCCUUUGCGUUCCUACGCAACAGAUCCUAUAUUCAAGGAGACAAAACCGAUCUCCGAUCCGCUGGCACAACCGUCCCUGCUGUUGCCACGUAGGGUGUCAAAAGCGACAUCGAUGACCAAGGAUAAUUCCAAAAGAAAUCAAGAUGUGGUGAGGUCAUCCCGAUCACCGCCAUCAUUGAAAAUCGAUAUGACCAAGCGAAAUGCUGAUAAGCUGGCAACAGCAUCUUCAUCUUCAUCUUCAUCAGGAACAGCACCAGCACACCCUCAAAAUAAUUCAUGGGAAUUUAAUGUCCGUCCUGGCAAAGUUGUUAGCCUGCCACUUCUCAAGAAUGCUGAAGAUCCGAAUCGUGGGGAAAUACAGGAGCCAAUUGUAACCAGUGAACCAGGACAGAAUCCACCAGAAGAAUAAACCACGAGAAUCCACCAAAAACCAAAAGAAGACUGAAGCACAGCCGCACUUCAAUCAUUUCGAAGAUCAAAUAAUACUUGUGAUAGAACUCUAAGUCAUCUCUAUAAUCACCAUCACCUUGCCAUACAGAAUCAAUCGUUCAUUGCCCAGAACAAUAACAACAUUAC